AUGGAGGCGCAGCAGGAAUGGCACUUCUCGACGGCAGAACAGUUCUGGCAAGACUCGUCGUUGCAGGAGCUCGACUACUGCUUGCGGAACUACAUCGCGUUUGCGAGCAGCUUCAUGGACCAGUUCCUAGCUGAGCCUGGCGCACUCGACCAUGCUCUCCUCGCACUUCUCUCGUCCCCACUCUUCACGGACCACGCCGACCGAAUGACCGACAACAUCGUCUCCUCGAUCGUCCACCCCGACGCUUCCAGCGCGACCCUCUUCAUCUCCCUCAUGCUCGUCUUGCACCUCGGCGAGGGAGCGAACCCCUUGACGACAGCGGGCGUGUGGGCGAACCCGCAGAAACCGGGCGCAGGCGUGACGGUCGGGAGUUCAAAGGUGUUCCGGCGGAUGCGGAAACGGUGGAAUGAGGUCGUGCCGGUCCUGAUGAAGUGGGUGUGUGAUGCGGGAGUUGUCGAGGAGCGGCAUACGGGCGAGCUGAGCGAGCCUGAGAAGCGUGACGACCAGCAGGUGGGCAUGCCGGCUGAAGGAUGGGAAGAGAGGGUCGGAACGGCGGCGACGGCCGUGCUGUACGAGAUGUGCAGGGUGCAGAAGCUCACACUCGACGAGCUAUCCGACUUCACCUUCGACUUCAUCUCCCACCUCUUCUCCCUCGUCGAGCGGACACGAGACGCCGAGGACGAGACCUUCAACUACUCGCUCAUCAAGCUCAUCAUCGCGCUGAACGAGCAAUUCAUGGUCUGCACCGUCCCGGCAGCACCGAAAGGAAGCGGCCAACUCCCUCCGCCUAUUCUCCCGACUGUCGUGGGCAAGACGAAGCGGGAACGGGGACCGAAUACGGUGCUGGAGGUGCUCAAGGAGAAGGAGCACGAGAGCAAGACCUUCGGCGAGAACAUCAUCUUCAUUCUGAACCGAGCAGACGGCACGCCCGACUCGCUCUGCGUCUCCCUCCUCAUCCUCAAGAUCCUGUACCUCCUCUUUACGACCUCGGGCACUCAGGAGUACUUCUACACAAACGACCUCUGCGUGCUCGUCGACGUCUUCAUCCGCGAGCUGUACAACCUGGGCGAAGAGUCCGAAGGGCUCAAGCACACCUACCUCCGCGUCCUCCACCCUCUCCUCACGAAUACCCAACUCCGCCACUACCCUUACAAGCGCCAAGAGCUCCGCCGAGUCCUCGAAUGCCUAGUUGCGCCAUCGUACUACCGCGACUGCGACCCGACAACUCGUCGCCUCGUCGAGCGGAACCUGCGAGGAAGCUGGUGUCAGGGCUUGCGAUCGGCCGAAGCGGUCGCUGCAGGACGCACGCUCGGCUCGGACUCGGCGACGGGCAGUACGCUCAGUGUUGAUGCGGUCGCGCGGGCCGACGACGAGGCUGUGCGCAAGCACAAGCGGAAACACUCGCAUCGCAAGUCGCGGAGGCAGACUAGCCUCGACGAGACGGUCUCGUCAGGCUCGUAUGGUAAUGCGGGCGUGACCAUUGCGGAUGGGUGGACGGUGCUGCAACCGCUGGCCGAGCGAGCCGUCACUGGUCAGGCUCCGGAAGUCGUCCGGUCAAGCUAUGCCACCUAUACCUCGACAUCGCCCGAGCGAGAAUCUCGCUUCCCGUCUACCUCGCCCGCUCUCGAUUACGAGCUGCCACCUUCCAUCCCGUCCAUCUCUGCCGGCCACGACAUACUCGAUCCUGUCGCUCGGCGACUGAUGGCCGGUUCUCCGCGUUCGUCGACGCAACCAACGUCCGGCAGCCUCGCACCUCCUCUAGUACACCCUCGACCACGCUCCACCUCACUUUCCGCCACCUCUUAUCGCUCUUCCACCCACGGCUUAGGCUUGAGCGAGUCGCCUCCUCCGCCUCUUCCGCCAUCUCCCGCCAUGUCUUCCGCCUCUCUCUCCGCCAGCGUUGGCGACUUGCCUUCAGCAUGCGCCACACCGCGACGACGAAGACCGCCACCACCUCCUACCGACGGCGGCAGUCGACCUCGCACGCCGGCAUCGCAAACGCUCCUGCCGCAGAGUACAGGCGGCAGCGACGGCUCCGGUCCGCCCUCGCCACAUACCACUACUAUCACGAGCGGGCGCCGGAGACCGCCGCCGCCACCGACUCAGGCAGGACGCGCGAGCCCGCGAGUUCACGGCGGUUUCGAGGAGGACACUCGGCGGCGGCUCGAGGGCGCUGCCAUCUCCUGA